AUGUAUGCUGAACGGCAGCUGGCAUAUGCUCCGACUCCGUACAGCUACACUCCUGCUUCGACUCUCUCGGCCACUAUCAAUGUUGAUGAGGAGCUCAAACUCGCCAACAACAGUGCCGAACGUGACCUCUACGAGUCUCUGGCCGAGAUCUACAGUAUCAUUGUUACUCUUGAAGCACUCGAAAGGGCUUUUCUCAAAGAUUCAAUCUCUGAAACCGACUACACCGACACAUGCAGCCGACUACUAAAGCAAUACAAGUCCAAUCUGGCAGAUGAUUCGGUAGCAAGAGCCUUUGGAAGCCUCGACUCUUUCAAGCUGGAAUGGAAUCUCGAGGUCCCUCGUGCCUCUGACCGGCUGAAGAUUGGUCUGCCGGCCACUGUAGAGGCUCCAUCGCGUGCACCUGGAGGUCAAUCUGGCGGUGGAGCUGGUGCUGCUGCCACUCACAUCGUAUCAGCCUCUGAGAACUUCAUCACUCUAUUUGAUGCUAUCAAAAUGAACAUGCUUUCCAAGGACACGCUUCAUCCUAUCCUCGUCGAAACCAUCCAGGCCGUCAACAAGGUCACAGACCAGGAUUUUGAGAACAAGGCCAAAAUAGUACAGUGGCUUAUCACUCUCAAUCAGAUGCGCGCUGCUCAAGAUCUCUCGGACGAACAAGCUCGCGAACUUCAAUUCGACAUGAACCUGGCAUAUGAUGGUUUCAAAGCGACUCUCGAGUAA